UUCGAACGAUCUCGACGCACUGGUCGUAUAUAAAAGUAAAUGGCAGAAAUAUUAAAAAAUCAGUUCAAUUAAAAAGUUAGACAAGCUUAGAUUCUAUAAAACUGCCUUCUUAAGAAUGAAGCUGCACCAAAAACCAUUUCCAACAGUAAUAACUUUAGCUUUUAUACUUAACACUUUAUUCACCGUUACACAAGCACGUAUUUACAACAAAUGCGCAUUGGCACGUCGGCUCUAUCGCAUGGGCAUGCCUUUUCACGAACUGGACGAUUGGAUGUGUCUGGUCGAGGGUGAGAGCUCCUUCAAUACGAAAGCUAUAAAUCCAUCGAAUGUGGAUGGUUCCGUCGACUGGGGUCUAUUUCAAAUCAACGACCGUUACUGGUGUAAACCGGCGGAUGGACGUCCGUCUACCAAUUCGUGUCGCCUACCUUGUCGUUUAUUGUUGAGUGAUGAUAUCCGUUUUUCGGUUGCUUGCGCAAAGUAUAUACGCCGUAUUCAGGGCUUCAGCGCUUGGGUUGCAUGGAAUAAUCGUUGUCAAGGCUAUAAGCCGAGUGUGAGGCAUUGCUUCGUGCAUAGUGGACCGUAUUUGAGUUGAAGUUGUAAUGGAUUGUGAAUAUUUUUAAAUUAUUAUUAUUAAUACGUGCGUGUAACUUGUGUUUUGUUGUAUUAAUAAUAAAAUCAAUAAAAAAAUAAUAAAUUUAAUUUAAAAAAUUA